UCAUUAAUAUAAAUCAUAAUAAGUGUAUGUAUACUUGUGGCAAAAUUUGAGAUUGGUUUUCAAUAGUGAUGUUUUAAUUCAAUAAAAUUAAUAUUAAGAAUGUCAGUAUAAAACAACUUAAGUUUGUGUGUCGAAUGUUUACUGCUCCUGUUAAUUUUGAUAGAGAAUUAAUAUAUCAUGAAUUAGAAGUUCAUUUGAUAUGCCAAAUUUUGCUUUAAUUCUGGACUAUUUGGUUAUAUUUCAAUGACACAACCUUUUUUUCUCAACAAACAUUUAAAAUUGGAAUUAAAUACAAAAUGUCUGAAAAAGAAGGAAAUGAUGUAACUGUGACUGAAAAAUCUGAGGAUAUGGGUGAGAAUUUAACAAAUGAAGAUGCACCUGCUAGUCUUGAAACAAUUCCAUCAGAAACACCAGCUCGAAAUGGAGUUCAAGUUGCUUCAAAGGAUAAAGUAAAAAUUGAUAUCUUAUUGAAAGCAACUGGAAAUGCACCGAUAAUGAAACAAAAAAAAUGGGCUGUCAGUCAAGAUUAUUGCAUUGGCCGUAUUUCUGAUUUUAUCAGAAGAUAUCUUAAAUUAGAUUCUAAUGAAAAAUUGUUCCUUUAUGUAAAUCAAACAUUUGCACCUGCACCAGAUCAGAUAGUAAAAAACUUAUAUGACUGUUAUGGUGCAGAUGGAAAAUUAAUACUUCAUUAUUGUAAAAGUCAAGCUUGGGGUUAACCAUAUACCUUGAAGUAAAAGUAAAACAAUAAUCUUAUAGAUCAUCACAUAAAUAUAUUAUGUGUAUUUUAAUACUUUCAA